CACAAAACAUAUCGAGGAACUGUUUCAUGAAGUACAUUAAUAUCGAUUUCCAGUGGAAAAUUUGCUCUGAUCCAAUCAAAUGCGUUGAUUUUUUAGUAGCUUAUAACAAUCGUCAUUCAACUCAUUUUCAUUGGAAUGCUUCCCGGAUCUCGAUAUCGCUUCACAUCACAUACGUCACACAAGCAUACAGAUUGAGCUAGCGUUGACAGUUUUCUCUCUCCUAUUUGCUUGAUUUCUGUAGUAUUGGAUGUAACAAACUACUGCAAAUCUGAGAAGGUAAAGACGUUGACAUCAUGGUUUGUCAAAGGCUACUAAAAGUGCUUGGCUUCGCUACGUUAAUGUGCUUGGUGCAUGCCAAUUGGAAGGCCAUACGUACUACAACAAAAGUUGAAACUUUUUGCAGUGAUGUAAAUAACUAUACUACAUGGACGGCAAUGAAUGACAGCAAUUGUAACACAAACCUUCAGCAAGUCUUCAAGCUGCUUUACAGAAGUGAUAACAGGAUUCUCAUUGGGAGCACAGAAUGUCUGUAUUUCCUUGAUGAGAAUCUGACAUACAUUCAUUCCAUCCCAAUUGUUGCAGCUGAUCUAACAGAUUGUAUGACUACUUUUGGAGAUCAGGCUGAAUUCCAGUGCAAGAACUACAUCACAUACGCACAUCCCAUUGGCUCAUCAUACCGUGUGUGCGGGACCUACAAUAAAAUUGAUCCAACAUGUUGGAUAUGUAACGAAACGAUGCUGCAAUGUGAAAAGGAGAUGGUAGUAAAUUUUAUGCCAAGAUAUCCAACAUCAAACUUCACAGUGACUGUGGCAGGUGACAUAGACUCAGAUUACUAUUAUGUUGGAUCACUUAGGAGAUUUAAUGAUAAAGAUUAUCAAUUUUCUAAAGUUGAGGUCAACCUUGAUGCGAACAGAUAUGAUGCUGAAGUGAAAACAGAUACUACAAAUGACAGAUACAUCUGGGAUCGAACAAGUUUCGUGGGAUCAAUAGAGCAUGAUGAAUUCAUUUAUUUCUUCUAUCGUGAGAAAGCCAGAGAAUAUUCAAACAUUGGGAAUAUUGUCUACUCCAGAGUUGCAAGGGUUUGCAAGGUAGGUGAUUAUACUUUGUAUUUAUGUUAAAAACAGUGUUAUCUA